AUGGCGCAUAUCUAUGAAGUUGGAACGAGGGCCUGGCAGCCCGAUCCGACAGAAGGAUGGGUUGCAUCCGAGGUCAAGGAGAGACUAGUUGAUGGAGAAAAAGUCCAACUGGUAUUUGAGUUGGAGAAUGGCGAGACCAAAACCGUGGAAACCACGCAGGCCGAAUUGCAGGUCGAUAACAAUGCGAAUCUGCCACCUUUGAUGAAUCCCGCGAUGUUGGAAGCGAGUGAAGACUUGACAAAUCUAUCUCACCUGAAUGAGCCCGCUGUCCUACAGGCUAUUAAACUCCGCUAUGCACAGAAGGAAAUAUAUACUUACAGUGGAAUCGUCUUGAUUGCGACAAACCCGUUCGCUCGAGUCGACUCUCUCUAUGUUCCUCAAAUGGUUCAGGUGUAUGCCGGGAAGCAGCGUGCAUCUCAGGCACCUCACUUGUUCGCUAUCGCGGAGGAAGCUUUUGCUGACAUGCUUCGGGAUGGAAAAAACCAGACAAUUGUGGUUUCCGGUGAAUCAGGUGCUGGUAAGACCGUGAGUGCCAAGUAUAUCAUGCGAUACUUUGCUACUCGUGAGUCUUCGGAUCAGCCUGGAAAAUACACCACGAGCCGAGCGGAUGCAAUCAGUGAGACGGAAGAGCAGAUUCUGGCGACAAACCCUGUCAUGGAGGCCUUCGGAAACGCCAAAACUACCCGUAACGACAACUCCUCUCGAUUCGGAAAGUACAUUGAGAUCAUGUUUGAUGAGCGGACGAAUAUCAUUGGCGCUAAGAUCCGGACAUACCUGUUGGAGCGAUCGAGACUGGUCUUCCAGCCCCUCAAGGAACGUAACUACCACAUCUUUUACCAGCUUGUGGCCGGCGCAACCGACGAGGAGAGACAGGAAUUGGGACUCUUGCCAGUGGAAGAGUUCGAGUACUUGAACCAAGGCGGUACACCAAUUAUCGACGGUGUUGAUGACAAGGCUGAGUUCGAUGCGACAAGAAAGUCCCUGGCUACAAUCGGUGUUGCAGAACAAUUCCAGACUGAAAUCUUCCGUAUCCUUGCAGCCCUGCUGCAUCUCGGUAAUGUGAAAAUCACCGCGACUCGCACAGAUUCUCAACUGUCAUCAUCCGAGCCGUCCCUUGUGCGUGCCUGUGAGAUGCUGGGAAUCGAUGUCAAUGAAUUCGCCAAAUGGAUCGUAAAGAAACAGUUGAUCACACGAGGAGAGAAGAUCACCUCCAACCUCACCCAGCAGCAGGCUACUGUGGUCCGAGACUCUGUGGCCAAGUUCAUUUACUCCAGUCUCUUUGAUUGGCUGGUAGACAAGAUCAACAGGGGCCUGGCAACAGAUGAGGUCAUUGAGAGAGUCAAGACUUUCAUUGGUGUUCUGGAUAUCUACGGUUUUGAGCAUUUCGCCAAGAACUCCUUCGAACAGUUCUGUAUUAACUACGCCAACGAGAAGCUGCAACAGGAAUUCAACCAGCAUGUGUUCAAGCUUGAGCAGGAGGAAUAUGUCAGGGAAGAAAUUGAUUGGACUUUCAUUGAUUUCUCUGAUAACCAGCCCUGUAUUGACUUGAUUGAGGCAAAGCUUGGAAUUUUAGCUCUUCUGGACGAAGAAUCCCGACUCCCCAUGGGCUCAGACGAACAGUUCGUUACUAAGCUUCACCAUCACUUCGCCGCCGAUAAACAGAAGUUCUACAAGAAGCCUCGCUUUGGAAAGUCUGCUUUCACUGUUUGCCAUUACGCCGUUGAUGUUACCUAUGAGUCAGAUGGUUUCAUUGAGAAGAACCGUGAUACCGUGCCCGAUGAGCAUUUGGGAGUGCUGCGCAACUCCUCAAAUUCAUUCAUCAAGGAGAUCUUGGAUACAGCGGCUGCUGUCCGAGAGAAGGACUCGGCAUCUAUGUCUUCUAAGCCAGUUGCAGCCCCCGGGCGUCGAAUCGGCGUGGCUGUUAACCGGAAGCCAACUCUUGGUGGUAUUUUCAAAUCUUCUCUGAUUGAGCUCAUGCAUACUAUCAACUCCACCGAUGUGCACUACAUUCGUUGCAUCAAGCCCAACGAAGCCAAGGACGCGUGGAAAUUCGAGGGUCCUAUGGUUCUUAGUCAACUGAGAGCUUGUGGUGUGUUGGAAACCGUCAGAAUUAGUACUGCUGGUUACCCUACUCGUUGGACCUAUGAGGAGUUUGCUAUUCGCUACUACAUGCUUUGCCACUCUUCUCAAUGGACAUCUGAGAUUCGUGAUAUGUGUCAUGCCAUCCUGCGUAAGGCCCUGGGUGACGCGAACCACCAGCAGGAUAAGUAUCAGUUGGGAUUGACCAAGAUUUUCUUCCGAGCGGGUAUGCUUGCUUUCCUGGAGAACCUGCGAACAUCCCGAUUGAACGAAUGUGCUAUUAUGAUUCAAAAGAACCUGCGAUGCAAGUACUACCGCCGCCGUUACCUGGAGGCCCGAGAAUCUAUUCUCACCACCCAGGCUUUCAUCCGUGGAUUUUUGGCGCGCCAGCAGGCACAGGAGAUCCGUCGCACCAAGGCUGCGACAACGAUCCAAAGAGUGUGGCGUGGUCAGAAGGAGAGGAAACAUUACACCCAGAUUCGAAAGAACUUCAUCUUGUUCCAAUCUGUCACCAAGGGAUUCCUCUGCCGUCGUAACAUCAUGGACUCUAUCAACGGCAAUGCUGCUAAGGUUAUCCAGCGGGCCUUCCGUUCAUGGCGCCAAUUGCGAGGUUGGAGGCAGUACCGCCACAAGGUUACCAUUGUACAAAAUCUGUGGCGAGGUAAGCAGGCUAGACGGGCCUACAAGACUCUGCGUGAAGAGUCUAGGGAUCUGAAGCAGAUCUCUUACAAGCUGGAGAACAAGGUCGUUGAAUUGACCCAAUAUUUGGAGUCAUUGAAACGUGAAAAUAAAUCCCUUGUUUCUCAAUUGGAGAAUUAUGAGACUCAGCUGAAGUCCUGGCGAAGCAGACACACUACGUUGGAAGCUCGCGCUAAGGAACUUCAAGCAGAGGCUAACCAGGCGGGUAUCACUGGAGCCCGCCUAGAAGCCGUGGAGGAAGAAAUGAACAAACUCCAAUCCAGCCACUCCGAAGCCCAAGCUACCAUUAAGCGUCUCCAGGAGGAGGAGAGAGUCUCUCGCGAGGCUAUGCGCGUGACGAACGAGGAGCUGGAGAGUCUUAAGUUGCUCAACGGUGAUCACGAGAAAGAGAAGUCGGUUCUUCGUCAACGUGUCUCUGAGCUGGAGGAGGAAUUGGAAGUCGCCAAGCGAUCUGUGCCUGUCAACGGUAUCAACGGGGAAGUACCAAACGGUGUUGCUGCCCCAACCCCUGCCACCGGCUUGAUCAACCUUGUAUCUUCCAAGAAGCCUAAGCCUCAAAGACGCAGCGUUGGCGCAGAGAAGAUCGGAACUGAUCGCUUCAGCGGCGCCUUCAACCCACGACCUGUCUCUAUGGCCAUCUCUGGCCUUGGAGCUGCUCGCUCAUUGGCUGCGACUUCACCUGGACUGGAUUCAGUGGAGGCGGAGCUCGAGCAGCUGCUCUCUGAAGAGGAGGAUCUGAAUGACGAAGUCACCAUGGGCUUGAUCCGAAACCUCAAGAUCCCUCUGCCCAGCUCAACCCCGCCACCAACCGAGAAGGAAGUCUUGUUCCCUGCGUACUUGAUCAACCUUGUGACUUCGGAAAUGUGGAACAAUGGAUUCGUUAAGGAGUCUGAGCGCUUUUUGGCAAAUGUUAUGCAGUCCAUUCAGCAGGAAGUCAUGCAGCACGACGGAGAUGAUGCAAUCAAUCCCGGUGCAUUUUGGCUUUCGAACGUGCAUGAGAUGCUGUCAUUCGUAUUCCUCGCUGAAGACUGGUACGAAGCCCAGAAGAGCGACAACUAUGAGUAUGAUCGGUUGCUGGAGAUUGUGAAGCACGAUCUGGAGAGUCUGGAGUUCAACAUCUAUCACACAUGGAUGAAGGUGUUGAAGAAGAGACUGUAUAAGAUGAUCGUUCCAGCCAUCAUUGAAUCUCAGUCUCUCCCCGGUUUCGUCACCAGCGAAACGAACCGAUUUCUCGGAAAGUUGCUGCCUUCAAACAACAACCCUGCUUACAGCAUGGACAACCUUUUGAGUCUUCUGAACGGUGCCUACCGAGCCAUGAAGGCGUUCUAUCUGGAAGACACCAUCAUUUUGCAGACUGUCACCGAGCUAUUACGCCUUGUCGGCGUGACUGCAUUCAACGAUCUUCUUAUGCGACGAAACUUCCUGUCGUGGAAGCGUGGACUGCAGAUCAACUACAACAUCACACGAAUUGAAGAAUGGUGCAAGAGUCAUGAUAUGCCAGAGGGAACUCUGCAACUGGAGCAUUUGAUGCAAGCAACCAAACUGCUUCAGCUCAAGAAAGCGACCCUGAAUGAUAUUGAGAUCAUCCAAGAUAUUUGUUGGAUGCUCUCACCGAAUCAAAUUCAGAAGCUCUUGAACCAGUACCUUGUAGCGGACUACGAGCAGCCCAUCAAUGGCGAGAUCAUGAAGGCAGUUGCUUCCCGAGUCACGGAGAAGAGCGAUGUGCUCUUGUUGACUCCUGUUGAUAUGGAGGACAGUGGACCCUACGAGAUCGCCGAGCCACGAGUCAUCACAGCGUUGGAGACUUAUACACCAUCUUGGCUUCAAACCCCGCGACUGAAGCGGUUGGCCGAGAUAGUCUCGGCACAAGCGAUGGCACAGCAAGAGAAGUUAGAGGUAGAAAAUGGGGUGUUGGAGGAGUAA